AUGCGCAAGUUGGCGAUUAACACAGCAAUGUUACUGGCGCUGGCCUCAACAGCGGCAGGACAAUCUCAGGUUGUGAUGACGAUCGCUGUGCCAUACUGUCCGACCUAUUCUUCAUCACUAGCACCGUACUCGUCUAUACUACCUGACUACUCCAGCAGCGCCUUGAGCUAUGGCUCCAUGAUACCGCCAGUAUCACAGACAGCAAAUACAGGAGCAUCGAUUUCGCAAUCGCCAUCAGCCGUACAACUUUCUACAUCGUCUUCCUCGAGCAUAGCUUCACCAUCUUCGACUUCCUACAUCGAUCGAUACGGACAAGUGUAUGAGCUAUACACGAACACUGGCAUCAGUGGCAAUACAAUCGAAGCAGAGCCAGAACGGAUAAGAAGACGACAGGCGAGCGGACCAUCGUUGGGCUCGACUCUUGAACUUUGCCUAGAAGACUGCAGCGCCACUGCUCAAUGUCAAGCAACAUCGUAUCUGGGAACAAGCUGCUUGUUAUACUCUUCAGUCCGCGGGUCAACAUUCCUCCUCGGCGGUGUAGCUGGAUUCAAUGUUGCACGCUUCAACGGGUUUGCGAACGACACAGGGGAUCUGUCAACGUCUUCGACAAGCUCUGUACUUCGAUCUUCCGGCACAACCUCGAUAGAUGCGACUGCGACGUCCUUCAAGCAGAGCAAGUACGCAAAAUCCCAGCUCCUAUACUUCGAAGGUGUCCGUGACCUCCACGGCUGUAUCAAAAGUCUCUAA